CAAGCUAUCCACAUAGAAAAAUAUAACUAAGCUUUGUCCGAAGCAUGCACGUCCUGCUGGUUUGGAUGUUCCAUUUCCUCGCGGAAACCAGGCGACAUGACCUUCACCCACCGCCACAGGGUUUGGGAAAUCGCAGGCCUUCCGGCUCCGAUACGCUGCUGAUCUUGUGGAAGAAACCCUGGAAGUUUGUGUUCGCUGGCGUGGCAAGUAACGAUUACUACGUGUUCAGUUAGCACAUUGUACUACAGUGCACGGCAAAGUGUUGAGAGAGAUGGCGAAGCUGCCCAGCCACGGGCCAGCUAGCUCCGUGGAUGAGUUCUUCUUGUGCCCAGGCAUCGUCAAGGGAUACAGGCACGUCUCGAACAAAUGGGACUGCGUCCUAAGUAGCCUGACGCUGAGCAAUGAGCUGGUGAAUAUCUGGAGUCACGGCGUAGCGGCGGUGUAUUAUAUGUACGUGGUCUACGCACUGUUGACGCAUGCAUGGAUGCUGGAUGCGCUUGAGCAGCAUUUUCCACUGAUAGCCCAGCAGUUUGGUGUGUUUGUGGCAAUGCUGGGCAGCACACUGGCGCACAUGUUCCACAGCGAAUCGCGAUGGCACCACGUUGCUUGGUUCAUGGUCGACUACCUGGGCAUCGGGUUCUACUGCCUGACGUCGGCCAUAGCUCAUUACGCUUACAGCCGACCACUGGAUGAAAACAGCGGGCCGAUAUCAUUGUUCAGCACAAAUGCAUACUUGACAAUUGCUCUGUUAGGGCACACGUGUGUGCUUGUGUCUCAGUGCUAUUUGAGAUGCCGAUUACUGCAGCAAACCUCUCGACUCUACAUACUGGUGACAGGCUACGCCGUAGCAUACAUUAUCAACUUCCUGCCCUUCCUCAGUCGUUACUACAGCGCUCAGGAGCACCUAUCGUCGGAUCCGUUCCACUGGGGACAGUUCCACUGGAGUCUGGCUAGUGCCCUGGUGAUGACAGCUAAAGUGCCGGAGCGGUUUGCGCCGGAGACUUUCUAUUCGCUGAACGGGCAUUCCAUGAUGCACAUACUGCUGCUUGUGAGCUUCUAUCACCAGAGCACUGCGCUGAGAAUGGACGUCGAGCGAUGGUCAUCGUUUCCCAGCGGGCAUCAGCCCUGCGUGCCUGGAGUGUGCCUGGUGUUGUUUUUAUACAGCCUGGUGGGUAUCUUGUUGACGUACUAUUUUGCCUACGUCGGUCAGCCGGCGGCACACCAGAGUAGUUGUACUAGUAAUGGCAGGACGGCGAAGACACAUCAUGACUAACUCAAACCAGACUAGACAUUAAUUGUUGCACGCACAUGGGAACGCCGCACUCUGCUAGGACGUACACUUUCCUAGCACGCACAUUAUCUGGGGCGUGGGUGUGUCUUGCUCCUCAUUGAAGAAGUAUGUCUGGAUAAAAAGCCCUAGAUGAUACGUAUGCACACUGGUGAUGCCCACGGGGUAAGGUUUAUGAAAGUCCCAUGCACAGUAUUCCGCUGCAGGCAUUGAUUAGUAUUGUCGUAGUUGGAGAAAAAACUCGCUUUAGAAAAGUGUAUCUUUUUAGUUACUGCUUCUAUUCCCGUCAUCAAUAGCGGAAAAUCAAUUUUCUUUUAGUGGCAUUCGAUUCUUGCCCGCAGUGCCCACUGCAGAAUGAA